AUGUGCCUAACUGCCCACUUCAUUGACCAAGAUUGGAAUUUGAGAAAGAAGAUCAUCAAUUUUGGGGAACUUAAGGGUCAUAAAGGGGGGAUUGAGAAGAUUUUCACAAUUACCGUGGAUAAUGCUAGCUCUAAUGAUACAGCUGUGGCCAAAUGGAAGGAAGUUUUUAAUGCUAGGGGGACUAGUAUAUGUGAUAGUGAAUUUCUUCACAUGAGGUGUGUAGCUCAUAUUUUAAAUCUGGUUGUGUCUGAUGAGCUUGGAGAUAUUUUCUUGUCGGUGAAGAGAAUUAGAGAAGCAGUGAGGUUCAUUAGAAAUUCACUAGAAAGGUUGAAAAAAUUUCAUGAGUUUGCUACUGUUCAAAAGGUAGAAGGCAAACGUGGAUUGUGUCUUGAUGUUCCUACUAGAUGGAACUCGACAUUCUUGAUGUUGCAGGCUGCUGAGAGGUUUGAAAAGGUCUUCAUGAUGUUUGACAUGUAUGAUGACCAUUUCCGAAAGGAUUUGGAAAGCAAGAAGGAUAGACAUGGCAUAAUUGGUGUCCCGGAGAAGGAUGAUUGGGAGAAUGCAAGGAGAAUGAUGGGAUUUCUUGGUCGGUUCUACGACUUCACUUUGAAGAUCUCGGGCUCAAAGUAUACCACUUCUAACUUGUUCUUACAAGAAGUGCAUUCCCUAUAUCAUUUGAUAACCAAGUGGGAGACGGAAGUUGAGAAAGAUCUCGACUUGAGUAUUAUGGCGAGCAAGAUGAAGAUGAAGUACGAGAAGUAUUGGGGAGAUGUGGAUAAAAUGAACAAACUACUUUACAUCUCCACUAUAAUGGAUCCGAGGUACAAGAUGGGUUUUGUUGAUUUUGCUUUGAAAAUGGUGUAUCCUGAGGGUGGAAAGGGAGCACGUAUAGCGGAGAAUGUGAGGAAGGCUACAUUUGAUCUAUUUGCUCACUAUGAACAACUUUGGAAGUUGAAACAAUCCAAGAAUGCCUCUACUUCUUUGGCCCCAAUUGUGGAGGAGGGUGAUGGGGAUGAGCUUGAUGUACUUGCUGAAUACAAAAAGCAUAGAGAGCAAAUUGUAGGGGCGGUAAACAAAUCCGGGCUUGAGAAAUACCUUCGUGAGGAAGACGAACCAAUGGUGCUCAAGUUUGAUGUACUUGAUUGGUGGAAGGUUAACUGCUUGAGGUUUCCAGCCCUUUCCAUGAUGGCUAAGGAUGUUUUAGCGGUCCCAAUCUCUACCGCUGCAUCCGAAUCUGCCUUUAGCACUGAUGAUUUCAGAAGUUCAUUGACUCCUAAGAUAGUGGAGGCCUUAAUUUGUAGCUCAGAUUGGAUUCGUGGCGAUUCUGCACCACCAUCAGCAGAGGAGGAUCCACAAGAGGUCGAGAAAAUAGAUGAAGAAUUGGACAAGUUGAUGAAUGCAAUCUCCAUAAGAGAUAAUCUUGUUUCAUCUACCUCAACUUCCAAUGUACCAAGUUCAAGUGGAAGGAGGAACGAUGGUAGUGCAUCUAGUAGUGCUUGGGGUGAGAAUUCCGAUGUUUCUAUGCAUGAUUGA